AUGGAUCAAAGCAAUAAUGUCACUGUAUUUAUUCUCUUGGGACUUUCCAAAAACAAGAAUAUUGAAAUCCUUUGUUUUGUAUUAUUUUUAUUUUGCUACAUUGCUAUUUGGGUGGGAAACUUGCUCAUAAUGAUUUCUAUCAUGUGCAGUCGGCUAAUUGAGCAACCCAUGUAUUUUUUCCUUAAUUACCUCUCCCUCUCCGACCUUUGCUACACAUCUACUGUGACACCCGAACUAAUGACUGACUUAUUGGCAGAAAGGCAGACCAUUUCCUACGGUAACUGCAUGACACACCUCUUUACCACACAUUUAUUUGGAGGCGUGGAGAUCUUCAUCCUCACAGGGAUGGCCUAUGACCGCUACGUGGCCAUCUGCAAGCCCCUGCACUACACCGUCAUCAUGAGCAGCCAGAGGUGUAACUCAAUCAUCACAGCUUGCUGUACUGGGGCAUUUAUUCACUCUGCCAGUCAGUUCCUCCUCACCAUCUUCCUACCUUUCUGUGGCCCCAAUGAGAUAGAUCACUACUUCUGUGACGUGUAUCCUUUACUGAAGCUGGCCUGCACUGACACAUACAGAAUUGGUCUCUUGGUAGUUGUUAAUUCAGGCCUGAUUGCUCUGGUGACUUUUGUGAUUUUGAUGGUGUCCUAUUUCCUGAUAUUAUACACCAUCAGGGCUUACCCUGCAGAGAGCUGCACCAAAGCUCUUUCCACUUGCAGUUCCCACAUCACAGUUGUGGUUCUGUUCUUUGUGCCUGUUCUCUUCAUUUACAUUCGGCCAGCCACAACUUUCCCAGAAGACAAAAUGUUUGCUCUUUUCUACACCAUCAUUGCCCCCAUGUUCAACCCUCUGAUCUAUACACUGAGAAACAUGGCGAUGAAGAAUGCCAUGAGGAAAAUGUGGUGUCAUCAUUUGUUUUUGGAAGGGAAGUAA